ACUGCGACAGUUAAUUACAAGUUAUUUCUUUAUAGAAGGUCAAGGUUAAAUUCGACGUAAUAAAUAAAUUAAUCAUGGACAACUUAAUAAAAGUCGUAGGUACAUUGCGAUGGACAAAUACUAUUUUAGGUGUCAAUUAUUAUAAGCAAUUAGGUGCAAUCUAAACAAAUAUUAUAGUUAUUCAUUGUUUUAUGAUUUAACUCCCAAGCAAUGUUUGUCAUUUGAACUUUAAUGCUAAUUUUGUAUGUAAAUUAUUUAAAUAGUUGAAAAAGUCGUACUGAUAUAAAAACGGAUAGGUAUUUUAAAACCAUUUUGCACAUGAAGAAGACGUAACAAGGUCACGUGUUAGAAGUAUUCUUCCCAUAUUAUGUAAAAUUAAACUUUACAUACUUUGUAAUAAAGAUAUUUUAGAUUCGUCACAGCCUAAGAUCUCGUGAAUUUGUAGCACAUAAGCUAAUACUAAAGAAUUAUUGUAACCAGCGAGAGUGUUAUGAAUAUCUCUAGUAAGUUAAAAAGAAAUAGUCAAUUGACUAUACGAAAUAAAAUAAAAUCACUUCAAAACAUAUUGGAAGGUGUUUAAAUACUUAAACAUAUAAUUAAAAGUUAUUUCUGGAGAAACACUUAACUUGUUUUCUUACAAUUUAUUUAGAGGAUUUUACGGACUCUUGAGUUGGUAACACUUUAAUAAUUGCGAAUUGCGAUUAAAAUGUUUGACACUACUGUCUACUGUCUACAACUAACAACAGUACAGUUUUUAAUUUAACUUAGAGCAAUAUACUUGUUGCAAAUUGCAAUUUUAUUCAAAUACUAUGGAAUCCUCGACGGCUGCAGAGAUUAAGCCUCAUCCAAAUUGUGUGGCUGUAGAUAACAACUACUUUUUAUCAGCAGAACAAAAACAGUUUUAUCUAGAAAAUGGGUACCUUGUUAUAAAACGGAUAUUUGAUUUUGAUGAAUUAUACAACUUUAAACAGCAUUUUAUUCGUAUUGCCAAAGGACUGGUGGAUAAAGGAAAUUCAACAGUAGUUCGUGAGCCUUCUCUUGUCAAGAAGGGGAUGACAGGAGAGCAGGCCAUUAAUAAGGUCCAGGAGAUCCAUUAUGACGAUGUAUUUAUGAAAUAUACAGAGCAUCCAAAACUGUUGAAUGUUGUCUCACAGUUCAUUGGUGAUAACAUACGAGUGAUGAAUAGUAUGUUUAUCAAUAAACCACCUGGCAGUUCUCAUCACCCACCCCAUCAGGACCUAUUUUACUUCCCCUUUCGUCCUGCAGAGAAAAUCAUAGCGUCAUGGACAGCUGUUGAUGAAGUCACGAAGGACAAUGGCUGCCUCUUCAUCAUACCACGGUCUCACAAGUUGAAUCAUUUGUAUGUACAUGGGCAUUUGCCGGAUGCAAAUAAAUUGUACCACGGUAUAUUAGACAAGUCGGUGUUUGACAGCAGCAAGUAUGUCCAGUUGGAGAUGACUCCCGGAGAUACAGUGUUCUUUCAUCCCUUACUUGUUCAUGGAUCUGGACCAAAUAUUACUAAGUUCUACCGCAAAUCGAUAACGGCUCACUACGCCAGCGGUUACUGCCAGUAUGUGGACGUAGGUGGGACUGUCCAAGAGGUUGUCGCCAAAGAUAUUGAGAACGAAGCCCAAAGGAGAGGGUUUGACCUCACUUUUGUGGAUACUUGGCGUUUUAAAAGCAAGCAAGUGAUGGGAGCGAGAGCAAACCUAUAAAAGGUCCAGUCCAGACGUAACUUUUAUGAUGAUACUUAUAUAUGUAUAUAAGACAUUCCUUUAUGUGAAAACAUUUUGUGGUUAUGGUUUAUAGAUGUCGCUCAUAAAAUCUAUUGCUGCCAUUCCCUUUCUUUUUUUAUAUUUCUGUCGACAUUUGACUAUCUUAAAAGAGUAACCGUUUUUGGUAUUUGUGUAUAGACUCUAUACUAAUUGUGUGGACAGAAACAACGCUACAAUGGUAAGUCAGUAAUGUUCCGGUUAAUAUCGUCCUGUGUCGAUAUUUUUAUCGAGCGGCAAUAACUAUUUUAAUACAAGAAUUAUUCAACCAUAUUAUAUAGUAAUUUCAGAGAUUUUUAUUAGAGUCAUUUUACACUUUUAAUAUGCGUAAGUAAUUGGUAAUAUACGUAAUAUGGUAAUGGAUAGUUGGUAGAUUGAUUCAUUUUUACAGUAUUAAAUGUUGUUUUUGAAAACCAUAAAUUGUGACCAAUUUGUAUUACCGUCACAAAAAACUCCUGUUUUUUUUAAUAAAUAAAAAAAUAUCUUAUUAUUUUUAAAAAAAUCGACGCUUUCGGCCGUCAAAAACUGUAAUAUUGUAAUUUUACGUGUGUAAGGCUGUAUAAUUUUGAUGUAAAUUUCCUUUUAUGUAAUCAAUUUUACGAUGGGAUUUGGGGACGCCACAAAUAUAUUAUUUAAAAAAUGAUAUUAAGAUUUAUACUAUGUUAUUUUUAAUUAAUUGAUAUGGUGCAAUAAUAAGCUGUAUUAUGAUAUUAACUGUGAUAGUUUGGUGCUUUUAUAAAUUUUAUAUAGUGUUAAAAUACAAAGAGUUGAGAGUUAAACAUGUACUUUGACUAGAAAUAUUUUUCACCUGGGUGCUAUAUUAUGAAUAACAAGAAAACACAUUGUACUAAAAUACAUUUAUUAAUAAAUCUAUGGUUUGGU